AGCAAACCCCAUCAUGUAGUCGGUCACUCUCUGCGGUCGCAUGGGUCACUGGUGCGCGCUUGAUGCAUACAUACCAACCAUCCUCCAACGCAAGCAUCAUCACCAAAUCGCCCCUUGCAAGGAGACCAGCCGCCAAGUCAAGGAGCACCAUUCGCAAGAGCGCAUAGACGGAAGGUUAUACAGGAGGAACAAGAUGUCGACCUACUUUGACACUAUCAAAAAAUCCUAUGCGGACGUGCCAAUCGAGGCAGGCGUGGACACCUCUGCCUUCCUCGAGGCGACCGAGGGGCUCGUCAACCUGCUCGGCCUGCUCGGAAGCGCUGCAUUCAGCGUCGUUCAGAAUGACAUGAAUGGUAAUUUGAAGAAAAUCCGGGAGAGGCUCCUCACUGCACCGACGCAGUCUGCGACACUCGAGCAGCUCAUUGAAAACGAGGGCAAGCCCGGCGAGGCGGCCAAGAAGCGACCAGCAAGCGAAGGGCUAAUGUGGCUGCUGAGAGGACUCGACUUUACCGCCCAAGCAUUACGAAGAUCAAUAUCCGACAAGUCAGAACAGCUCAGCGCGAGCUUCACAAAAGCAUAUGAAAGUUCACUCCAGCAGCAUCACUCGUUCGUCAUUCGCCCAGUCUUUAGUCUCGCGAUGAAAGCAUGCCCGUACAGACAAGACUUCUACACCAAGCUCGGCAAUCCGCCCGCCAAGGUCGAGGAGGAGCUCGAACACUGGCUGCAAGGCCUCGAGAAGAUAGUCAAGCAGCUACAAAAUUUCUACGUGAAAGGUGGCUGGGCGAAGGGCUUUUAAGUAGCUCCACGCCCCGCCAACAGACAUUCGUUCCAUAUGGAUGGUGUGUAUGCAACUCUUACUCCCAACCCCGUAUUGGAUCACAAUCAUACGCGGUCACGAAUCGAAGAGCAAUGAGAACGAAUGAAUCUCCA